AUCUUCGACGUGCCUUUCACCUGAUCCAUCACCGAGGACGAGCGACAACAAUGGGCGGCUUAUACUGGGGCGCCACUGGCGCGAGCACCGCCCUCACCGUUAUUGGGCUAUAUAUGCUCUUCCAGGGCGAAGGAGAGGCUUUCAAUGUCGGCGCCUUCCUCGAAUCGAUAUCGCCGUACGCGUGGGCUUCAACGGGCAUUGGGCUUUGCAUCGGGUUAUCAGUCGUGGGAGCAGCAUGGGGAAUUUUUAUCACAGGCACAUCGAUCCUCGGAGGAGGCGUAAAGGCACCACGAAUCCGGACGAAGAACUUGAUCUCGAUCAUUUUCUGCGAAGUCGUGGCCAUCUACGGCGUCAUCAUGAGCAUCGUGUUCUCUGCGAAGCUGGAGAACGUGUCAGGGCCCGGGAUAUACUCUGCUGGCAACUACUUCACAGGAUACGCACUGUUCUGGUCAGGGCUAUUGGUCGGCGCGUGCAAUUUGAUCUGUGGCGUAUCGGUAGGCAUCAACGGUUCAAGUGCAGCGCUCGCCGAUGCUGCAGAUGCGAGCUUAUUCGUCAAAGUACUGGUCAUCGAAAUCUUCUCGUCCGUACUUGGGCUGUUUGGCCUCAUCAUUGGACUGCUUCUCAGCGGAAACGCCGACCCCUUUACAGCGCCUGGUAGCAACUAGAUGUCCGUAUAGGAAAGGAAGAUGUUGCGGCGUCUUUCGCUGUCGCAGUGCCUUCGACAAAGCAAUCGCACUGAACCCAGGGCCGCCAACAGGGAGAUAUGCAUUCGCAGGCGCAUCAAGGAUACACAUGCAAUUAGCGGGACUGGACUGAGAGCCACAGGUAGGCUUUGUAUGUACGUAUGUGUUGUCACGAAACGUGGGCAAUAUCACACCGAAUCACUGAUCUGAUCCCAUCAACUCAUCGUAUGUCCACCUUUCAUCUGUGCCUGUGAAGCGGCGACGCCUCCUGAGAGCAAGGACUUUCAAGGUGAUCCAAUCCGCGAUGGUCACACUUCGGAAGCUGUUGACUGGCAUACAGGGAACUGUACGUACCCGACACGCUCGAACGAUGAGCACGUUUCGAACAUAAAGAAAGUGUUAGCAAUCGCCCGCAAUUCGAGGCGGGCCCGGAUGGCAGAUAUAUCAUAAUAUGUGUAUGGAACGGUCUCCAUGCCUGCGAACUGGAAUUGCCAAAGCAGGGCCCCGCAAAUGACUUGAGCCGCGUCACAGUUUUGGGUAGGCAGGAGUACUUUGGCAAAGCCGCGGCAUUACCUGCGCUCCACUUACCUCGUCACAGGAAGUUCUGGCGCGCGAGCAAACUGAGAAGAUAGCGUGUUCGGAAGGGAGGUGAAAAAAGUCAACAGCGCAACAAUCUUAGUCCAUCUAUCCUG